AUGGCCUUGCGGAGUGCGCCUGUGGUGAUUUCUUUCAUUCUGCCUUUGUCUGAUCUUACGGAGAAUUUCCAGCUGUGCCGGUCCCAAUUCCGGCAGCCAUCGCUAUCUAUGCAAGCGCGACUUAGACCGAACGAUGAGAUGGCAGACCUGAGGGUUGGACGAAUUACCGCAGAUCGUCCAGUAGUCCUUGGAGCUCAUGAAGCACCUCGGGCGAAACAUUUCGGGGAAGGCAAUCAAACUUCUACUACACCCCACUGGACAAAGACACGCGCUUUGCGCAGAGCCCGAAACAGGGCAAAGCAGAACAAUGGAACGAUGUGUCGUGGAAGAUGGCACAUCCCGGCUAUGCUGGGAGUGACGACCGCAGACUCCGAGGCGACAGUCCGGGCCAGGAGAGAGAAGAUGGUGCCACAAAGCCGGAACGGGGCGCGACGUUUACGCUUCAUCUCUUACAACAUAGGUGGGUUGGAUCCUACGGCCUUUGACGUUUUUAAAGCUUGGCUCACAGAGCAGAAAAUCACAGAUGUGAUGAUAGUGCAGGAACUGCACUGGGGAUGCGGACGUGAGGACACGCAAUGGACAAUGGACAAUGGCUGGAAGGCUUUCAUCUCAGCGGACCCAGGCAACCGCUGGGCUGGGGUGGGCAUUUUCCUAGCCCCCUGGAUAGCGCAACAUGCCACCACAUCAGCAUGUACGUGGAGCCCAGGCAGAAUCCUCCACGUACGCAGCGAGUCCGAUAGACUGACUCUGGACGUUAUUGGUUUUUAUCAGCAAGUGAGACAGGCCAAGAAGGGUCAGGUCAACGAGAACCAGCGGCAGCAACACUGGGUCAAGUUUGGCAAACUGCUGCAUGGCCUGCCGCGAAGGAAUCUGCUGCUGGUUGGCAUGGACGCCAACUCAGUAUGUGAAAGCCUGCCAGGACUUGUUGGACGCGUGUCACUGCGGAUCAAUCGUCGCGCGCUACCAAGCCAACGUUGCUGGAUCUGGUGCCAUGGCGACUCGGCCCCAAGCAUCGACCGCCUAGGCAGCAUACCGCACAUAGCAGGCUGGGCAGUGCAGCGUCACACCAAGGUCCUUACCCCCAAGCUCUCAAUCCCGUCAUUGCGUGAGGCCUUCAGACGACAGGAUGCACGGCUUUGGAAUGAGCUGCAGCCGAAGAUUAAAGCCAUCGUAGAUUCGCAGACCGAGGAAGCCUACGAAAGGCACGAUGACUUUGCCGCUGCGACAUGCACAGAGGUGCUCUGCAUCGAUGAGGCAGAGGUAUUCCAGGCCAUAGGCAGCCUCAAGAACAAUAAAGCAGUGCCAGUGAGUAGCUUGCCUGCAGAGAUCUGGAAGCUCUGCCAGCCUGAGUUCGCCUCGCUGCUGCACAAGGUUCUGCAUCAGGGAGUUCGCGAGGAGCACCGAUAUCCUAAGGAGAUCUCCAAUUGUAGGACGGCUCUUGGUUGUGUAGGAGGUGCCACGAUAGGGUUGGACCUGUCAAGAGCUUUCGACAAGCUCCCGCGCUGGGCAUUGCAGGCAUCCUUGGAACAUGCGUCAGUUGAGCCGGCCAUCUGUCGUGCAGUGAUUGACACCCACGAGCAAUGCUCAUACAGCAUCAGGCACGGACAGUAUGAGGGUUGCAUUGACAUGAGGCGGGGCAUCCGCCAAGGCUGCUCCCUGUCCCCCAGCCUGUAUACCAUAUUCACGAUAUGGUUCUUCGACCGACUCUCUGACAUCACCUCGCCAGAGUGGGCCAACGCGUGCGUUACCCUUUUCGCCGAUGAUUCUCAUCUUGCAUGGCUCAUUUCGUCGGUAGAUGACCUGGAGUUCGUUUGCAGCACGGCCAAGAGAUGGAUACAGGCACACCAGCAACAGACGGCAGAAGGGCCAGUGAUCAAUGUUGGUUUGCCUCAUGCGCCGCUCCAUGUCGCCUUCUUCUCGGAACAGCUUGCACAGGCGACGCAGUGCGGGGUAGAAGCAGAAAGCCCGGAACUGCUGCCGUGCCCAGAACGGGAGGGCGUGCCUUGUGACGUUUGUGGCCAAUACUUCGUUGAUAGGAUACGUCACCGACUGCAAAACUACUGUGUGCUGUGCGGCCAGUGGAUCGUCAUGAGAGGGCCAGGCAUCAAGCAGCAUGUGCGCCUCAUGCACAAGGAAGCACAUGCUGAGCACGCGGCAGAAGUUCCUAGGAUGGCCAUGAACGAGGAUGCACUGGCGUCGGCGGCGAGGACGGAGCUCAAGUGGGUGAUGGGGAAGGAGGGAUUACAGGGAAUCCCGACGGAGGGCCAGGCAGCCACACAGGCGAUGGAGGACUCAGCGGACAAGGAGAAGGAUCAGCCGAAGUCCUCCUGGGAAAGAGGAGGCAAGUGGCCUCGAGUGGAAAACAAAGGCAAGGGACCCUCACACGGUGGUUGGGGCUCCGGAUGGAGGGGAAACAAGAGACAGUGGGAGAAGGACGACGAGGAAGCGGAGGGGGUCACCCUCGACAAGGCGACCCAAGCGGUCCUGCAGUCUCUCGUGCAGCUGUCGUUGAGCCACGAAGCGGAGCUGGGACGACUGAGAUCGGACUGCGGCUUCAUGCUGUUCCUGGACACCCCCACGACCAACCCGGAGGCCGGCAUCUUGCCAGGAGUCAAGAAGGUGGCUCAAGAAUGGGCCACCCAGUAUGCAGCGGGAAACGUAAAGAGCCCCCUGCGCACCCUGCUGAUGAUGGAGGUCAUCAGGGAGCUACAGGGCCGCCUAACGGCCUUCCUAGCGGACGAGAACCGCUGCACCAAAGCCAUGACGAUCGGCUGGAUGGCCGAGGGGCACCAAGCGAUGGACCCAGAGGGGGUGCUGCUGAACUUCCGCUGCACCAAGGACCUGGAUCAGGAAUUCCAACCGGAUCUGGAGGUGGUACCCUUCAUGCUGACGAUCGGUCUACGAGUGCAGGAGGCCCAUGCUGUUCACCGGGCCUUCCAGCUCCUUUCAGGGAACGCAGUACGCAAGCUCAUCGGAGCCCGGGUGAGACCGGAGAGGUUGGCACGCCAGCCGGUAGCCAAGCAGCUCGAGGAGAAUUACUUGGCCACGCCGUACUGCCCAUGGAGUCGACGCGCAGCCCGCUGA